AUGGCAAAAUCCUUGAUUUUUGUAACCUUGUUUGCCUUAUUUGGUCAACAAAUUUGGGCCAAAACUGAGGUGGAAUCGUCCGCCACAACUGUGUCUAAGGAUUCUGGCAAAAUUGUACCAAAACGUAGCCUGGAAGCUUUUCUAGGUGAUGCUGGCAUAAAUGGCGGUUGGUCUUCUGGCGGUUUCAAAGUGGCAGGUUUUUCAGGUGGCUGGAAUCCUUGGAAUUCUCACUCAUCACGUUACAUUUCCUCACCAUCACCCAGUGAAGUGGCGAAUGCCAUUGCUGCCGCUAAACAGGCUUCCAGCAAUGUUUUAAUUGCCCAACAACAAAUGCAAGCAGCCAAAGAGAAUGUCCUCAAUCAACAGCGUAUGGCCAUGGAAAAGGAGGCUGCUGCCGCAUUGCUUACCCAAAAAUCAGAGGCUGCCGCUGCGAUACAACGUUCGGAGGCCGCAGCCGCUGCACAGGCUGUUGUCUUGGCCCAACAACGUUUGGCUGCCACAAAAGCUGCAGUGGCCCAUCAACAGCGCAUUGCUGCUGCCCGCGAAGCUGAGGCUGCCGAAGCCUUGAAACGUUCAGCUCAUGCUGCAGCCGCUGAAAUUCAAAAGACCGAAUAUGAAGCAUCGAAGUUGGGGCAAUUGGCACGCAAUAAUAAUGCCGGUGCUGCUCAUCAUUUGACUUAUGCCAAGGAUGCUGCCUUCAGUCCGAUUAAUGCUGGCACCAACCAUGUUCCCAAUUUGGAAUCAUUGGGUCCUUGGUCUGCAGCAGCCGCGGCCGCAGCUGCUACUGGAGGCAAGGGUGCUGCUGCAGGUGGUUGGUUGUAA